AUGUCCUAUCUACCUCCAGGAUGGACUCUGGAACGGCUUCAAACUGCGACUGUGGAUGAUCUACGCCAAAUACCGGAAGAUCAAAUCCGUGAAAUCGACCCUGAUUCAAUUCCCAUCGACAACGUUGAAGUCCGCAUUGUGAUCGGCCGUGCUGUUCACAAUGAACACCGACGAAAAGUGCGGGAAGCCAAAGGCCUGCCACCUGCUCCCGGGAGACCGCUCUUCGAAAAGAAUGACGAUCCAGUUGUGGAGGUAGUAGAAAGGGGAGGAUUCGAUGACUUUGGAUUCAUCACCUUUCGAACCGAUUAUUCCGAUGAAACCCGGUGGGAGCAGUGGCAAAAAGAGAGUAUACGCAUUAUAGAUGCCUCGAUCACGGAGGCUAGUGGGGGUGAGAAAAUCGAAGAUAAAUGCUUGAUGCCAAGCUAUGAGGGUGAGGAUGUAGAUGGGGCCACUCAUCAACAAAUUGUGGAGGCAUAUUUCUGGUACCGGGAGGCUGAGGGGGUGCCCCCCGGACUUGAUAACGCCUUGGAUUUGGGCCUUGGACUUGUCAUUUGA